AUGCCGUGCAACACACAACGCAAUGUCCAAGCCGAUGUGAGGUACAACGACAUCUCUGAAUCACUACCUCCACCUCUGCAGAUUCAGACUUUUCACAAGUACAAUGUGAACUGUUUAGCCAUAUACAACAUGGACCCAGUGGAAGUGGGGAAAUCACUGAUGAUCAGAAGGACUGAACUUGUUGAAGACAUGGAUGAAAGUCUGUCUGCUGCCACAUCAAACUGUCCAGCGUUCAUCAAGAUGAGAGGUUAUGAUGACGUGUGCGCAUCAGAGGAGGAGAGAGAAUUUCCUAUUGCUUAUUCUCUUGUUGUGCAUAAAUACGCAUGGAUGGUGGAGAGACUGCUCAGGGCCAUCUACUCACCCUCGAACAUCUACUGCAUCCACUAUGAUGAAAAGUCUCCAGCUCAGUUUAUCUCAGCCAUGAGGGGCUUAGCUGAGUGUUUACCUAAUGUUUUCAUUGCUAGUAAGAGAGAGGUGGUCUACUAUGCCAGCAUGGCUCGACUGAAAGCUGAUCUCAACUGUCUGUCAGACCUUCUGAGAUCGGACGUCCCGUGGAAGUAUGUCAUCAACCUCUGCGGUCAGGAUUUUCCUCUCAGGACCAACAUCGAGCUGGUGUCAGAACUCAAGAAGCUGAACGGGGCGAACAUGCUGGAGACGAUUCGACCAUCCAAAUCUAAAAAGAAGAGGUUUACAUUCCACCACGAGAUGAGAGACUUAAGUGCUGGAAAAAAAAGUAAACCAAAACGAACAGAGAAGUUGAAGUCGAAGCCUCCACAUGACUUAAAAAUGUUUGUUGGCAGCGCCUACUUUAUCUUGUCUCGAGACUUUAUAGUUUUCAUAAACUCUUCAGCUGUAGCGAGGGAUUUUCUCAACUGGUCAGAGGACACUUACUCCCCAGACGAACACUUUUGGGCCACACUUGUGCGGAUCCCAGGUGUACCUGGGGAGAUCCCCAGAUCCCAGCCUGAUAUCACCUGCAUGAUGGCUAAAACCAGGCUAAUGAAGUGGAAAUACAAGGAGGCACACCUGUAUCCAAAAUGCACUGGGAAACACAUCCGAAGUGUUUGUGUGUUUGGAGCAGCAGAAAUUCGCUGGUUACAAAACUAUGGUCACUGGUUUGUCAAUAAGUUUGACCCCAACGUGGACCCUGUUGCUAUUCAGUGCCUUGAGGAGAACCUGGAGGAUAGAAGGAAGCUUUAUGGCUGUUAA